CAAGGCUAUAAAAGCAAAGGAAGUCAAGAUAAAGUUCAUUUGACAUCCAAGCAGCAGAAGAGCAGCUUCAAGACAAAAUGACGUUUGGCGUGUUCGUUCUCCUGGUCUUCCUGCUGAGUGCUAGCAGAAACGGUCUAGCAUCGCUGCAGGACAAGCACACCGACUUGGGCCUGAGGGUCUUCUCCCACCUGGCAAGGCUCUCCGGGGAGGACAACGUGGUCUUGUCUCCCUACGGCGUGUCCUCCGUGCUGGCCAUGGCUCAGCUGGGCGCUGCGGGGAGCACCCGCAAGGCCAUGGUGGCCGCCAUGGGCUUCAACUUGCAAGAGCGUGGUACGUCCAGGCAGCAGCGCAUGUUGCAGCAUGACCUCCAUAGCCAGGAAGGCUUGGCCGUGGCGAGUGGGGUGAUGGUGGAGAGGAAGAUGAGCCUGGAGAAAAGCUACCGGCACGCCCUCCUCAAAGCCUUCAGCAGCCAGCCUCACCAGGUGGACUUCACAAGACCCGACCAGGCCGUCAGCAUUCUCAAUGCCUGGGUAUCCGACCACACCGCAGGGGCCAUUCCCAAUUUCUUGGUGCCAGGAUCGUUGUCAGACCAGACACGCCUUGUUCUCCUGAACGCCCUCCACUUUCAGGGACUCUGGAAAGUUCCGUUUGACCCCAGGCUGACCCAUGAAAGAAUGUUCCACUGCGCUAACGGCAGCGCCGUUCCCGUUAGCAUGAUGACACUAACCAACCGCUUCAACUACGGCGAAUUUGUGACGUCUGACGGCGUGGAUUACGACGUCCUGGAGGUGCCGUACGAGGGCGACUCGCUUAGCAUGCUGCUUGUGUCCCCCUUCGAGCCCGACGUGCCACUGAGCGCACUCAGUAGCGAGCUGACCAGCCAGAGGAUCCAGCAGUGGCGACUGAAACUACGUAACGUCCGCAGACAGUUGUCCAUGCCCAGGUUUACCCUCAACUCCGACGUGAAUUUAAAGGAUGCCCUUGUCGACAUGGGCAUGGGAAACAUCUUCAAUCUGGCUACGGCGGACUUUAAGCGCAUCACUGGCGACGAGAGGCUUUGCGUGUCCAAGGUUUUUCAGACGGUAAAGUUGGAGGUCAACGAGCAAGGAACAAAAGGAGCGUCAGCCACAGCUGCUGUGAUGUUCUCUCGAAUGGCAGUGGAGGAGAUCACGUUGGAUCGGCCUUUCCUCUUCUUUAUUCAGCACAAACCAACCGGAGUCAUCCUGUUCAUGGGACACUUUAACCAGCCUCUUUGAAUCUGAUUUUUGAGUUGUUUUUUACUGACAAGACACUGAUGCACUUCACACAACAAGGGAUAUAUAUUACUGUUUUUUUUCUAUUUUUUUUUACUAAUUGUGUUUUUUGUA